GCCGGCCAUAAGAGGCGGCGGGGCCGGCGGCGCUCAGUCGCUGGAGCCCCCGGGCCGAGCGCGGAGCUCCGGUGCUGCUCCCGCCCCGCCGCCCCCGCGCUCAGGUGUGUGGUGAGGUGAGAGCUGUUGAGCAAUGGCGUUUAAGAAGGUUUGGUGUGCCCUAGCCCUGGGAUUUCUGCUGCCUUUCUCUUGUGCCCACACGGACUUCUUCACUUCCAUUGGUCAUAUGACAGACUUAAUUAAUACAGAAAAAGAUCUGGUCGUGUCACUCAAAGAUUACAUCAAGGCAGAGGAAAGCAAGCUGGAGCAGAUCAAAAAAUGGGCAGAGAAGUUGGAUCAGCUGACAGACACUGCCACGAAAGACCCAGAGGGGUUUUUGGGCCAUCCUGUGAAUGCAUUCAAGUUGAUGAAACGGCUCAACACAGAGUGGGGCGAGCUGGAGAGCCUGGUCCUCAAGGACAUGUCAGAUGGCUUUAUCUCCAACAUGACAAUCCAGAGGCAGUUCUUCCCGAAUGAUGAGGAUCAGACUGGUGCAGCCAAGGCCCUUCUGCGGCUCCAGGACACCUACAACCUGGACACAGACACCCUCUCAAGAGGGAACCUGCCAGGUGUGAAGCACAAAUCCUUUCUAACAGCUGAAGAUUGCUUUGAGCUGGGGAAGAUUGCCUACACGGAGGCUGACUACUACCACACGGAGCUGUGGAUGGAGCAAGCCCUGAAGCAGCUGGAUGAGGGAGAAGUGUCCUCUGCAGACAAAGUUUACAUCCUGGACUACCUGAGCUACGCUGUGUACCAGCAGGGGGACCUGGGCAAGGCCAUGGCCCUCACCAGGCGCCUCCUGGAGCUGGAUCCUGAACAUCAAAGAGCAAACGGGAACAUGAAAUACUUCGAAUACAUCAUGGCUAAAGAGAAAGAGGCAAAUAAGUCCAGCACAGAUUCAGAAGACCAGCAGGAGAAGGAAACUGAGGUUAAGAAAAAGGAUUACCUGCCCGAGAGAAGGAAGUACGAAAUGCUGUGCCGUGGGGAGGGGCUCAAAAUGACUCCCCGGAGACAAAAGAGGCUCUUCUGCCGCUACUACGACGGGAACAGGAAUCCCAGGUACAUCCUGGGCCCUGUCAAGCAGGAGGACGAGUGGGACAAGCCUCGGAUCGUUCGCUUCCUGGACAUCAUCUCGGACGAGGAGAUCGAGACCGUGAAGGAGCUCGCCAAGCCCAGGCUGAGCCGUGCUACUGUUCAUGACCCUGAGACUGGGAAACUGACCACAGCACAUUACAGAGUCUCUAAGAGCGCGUGGCUGUCGGGGUACGAGAGCCCGGUGGUGUCCCGGAUCAACACCAGGAUCCAGGACCUGACAGGGCUGGAUGUCUCCACAGCAGAGGAGCUGCAGGUGGCAAAUUAUGGAGUGGGAGGACAGUAUGAGCCCCACUUUGACUUUGCACGGAAAGAUGAGCCAGAUGCUUUUAAGGAAUUGGGAACAGGCAACAGAAUUGCUACUUGGUUGUUUUAUAUGAGCGAUGUGUCAGCAGGGGGAGCCACGGUCUUCCCUGAAGUGGGAGCCAGCGUUUGGCCAAAAAAGGGAACAGCUGUCUUCUGGUACAACCUCUUCCCCAGUGGAGAAGGCGAUUACAGCACGCGGCACGCGGCCUGCCCAGUGCUAGUGGGAAAUAAAUGGGUAUCCAAUAAAUGGCUCCACGAGCGGGGACAGGAAUUCCGACGGCCGUGCACGUUAUCGGAGCUGGAAUGACGCAGCCUGGCCUCUAGAGUACUCAGUGUGUGUGAAAUGCACACAGCUGGCAGUUUACAACUGACUAACAAACACUCCACUACAGGUCCAUCCCCACCCACGCCGCUGUGUCAGCUGUGGACAGGACAAACGUGCUUUUAGUUCCCUCCAAAUCCCCCCCAGGUCUUACCAACAGAAAAUACUGAGACUGACGAGUGUUACUGGAAAAAAAAAAAGGACAAAAUACAGACGAGGGCCACAACUUA